AUGGACAACACGACAAAUCCUCACCCAGUGCCUACGCCACCUCUUCGCAAGCGAUCUCUGCAUCGACUCUCCUCGCAACUACGUAUCGGCUCCUCGGAGGUCAGCCCUAGUGAUCAUAGCUCCGUCUUCGAUGCUGUGCCAUACUCGCAUUCGUCCAGGCUCUCGUCGGGAUACCUUUCCGACACUGACGACGAAGAUGGCUCAUCCUUGGCGAAGGACUCACUACAGAGCAUACUCUCAACCUACGCAAGUCCGAAUCUGACAAAUCGGUCCGCUGGUACCAAGCUCUUCACCAUCUCUGAGCAGAAGAGUGUACCUACCCUAAAGACCGUGCCCUCAAACUGGACGUUCCAGCGCCGCAUUGUCACGACGCCACCACAGAUCUCUCACAAUGUCGCGGAAGCACGUCAAUCUCGUGCCGGCCAUCGCCGCUGUUUCUCGGUCGACGAAAACGCACUGCAACAUCAUCGUGGGAGUGAGGUCUCGACUACAGCCUCACUGACUUCGGACUCCGUCAUGCAAAGCGGCGACCGACCUGCGCCACUUCGAAUCCCAAUUCGCCCCGUCCAACCACCGUUCAAACCACCUGAGCGUGCGCAGACGCCGGCUGGCUUUCCACGCUGGCCAGGGACUGCGACUCAGAGACGUCUUGAGAGGUCAAAGGCGAAUUCUACUGGAUACGCCUACUCGGACGGGGGCGAGAUUCUGGAGACCGCCGGCUAG